AGUUGUUGGCCGAAUCUGAAAGUGUUAUUUCAGUCAUUCCCAUAACUGGCAUGGGUGGUUUAGGCAAAACAACUCUGGCUAAAGCCGUUUAUAAAAAUGAACAAAUUGUUGGACAUUUUGACCAAACAAUGUGGGUUUGUGUGGCUGAAAAAGUAGAUAGAAUCGAGGUGGUCUUCAAAAUGAUUCUUGAAUCGUUAAUAGGAGGAAGGGUUGAAGUGGAUCGUAGGGAGGAAAUAGUUAAAAAAAUUCAAGAUGAACUCAAGGAAAAAAGAUAUUUCCUUGUUCUUGAUGAUUUGUGGAAUGAUCAAGAAGUAUUGUUGGAUGACUUUUUCAGCACUUUGGCGGGACUCAAUGCGAAGAAAGGGAGCUGGUGUCUUGUUACUUCUCGUCUGCAAGAAGUGGCAACUAUUCUGUCUAGACAUCCGCAGAUCAAUUUUACUCGCCAUGAGCUGGGAAGGCUAUGCGAGGAUGAUUGCUGGUCUAUCAUGAAAAAAUGGGCAAAUGUAGGGGAAGAAUUACCAAAAGAAUUGGAAGACAUGAGGGAGCAAGUUUUAAGAAGAUGUGACGGUCUACCUCUGGCAGCAAAGUUAAUCGGAGGUUUGUUAUCUAAAAAGAGAAAAGAGGAGUGGCUAUCUAUUUUGGAGGAGAGCCUCUUGAAUGGAGAUCAGGGUGGGAUUGAGCAAAUAAUUAAGGUGAGUUUUGAUCAUCUGUCACCUGCACCGGUUAAGAAAUGCUUUGCAUAUUGCUCAAUUUUUUAUCAAGAUACUGAAUUGGAACAAGAUCGACUAGUUGAGCUUUGGAUGGCUGAAGGCUUUCUUCAACCGGAUUCCCAAAAUGAAAGAACGAUGGAGGGAAUAGGAUAUGAGUAUCUGAGAACUUUGCUGCAAACUUCCUUAUUGGAAGAAGUAAAAGAGGAGAGUAGAACAUGGUAUAAAAUGCAUGAUCUUGUGCAUGAUUUUGCAAAAUCAAUUUUGAAUCGUAGCAGCAGCAAUCAGGACCGCUACCUUGCAGUAUACUCAUCCGAAAGAAUGGUAGAAAACAUGAACGAAAAAAAAUCAGCAUCGCUUCGCACAUUAUUUCUGGAGGGUGGCAUAGCUGAUGAUAUGUUAUCAAAGUUCAAAUACUUGCAUGUCCUAAAAUUGUUUGGAGCAGAUGUCGAAGAGUUGCCGACCUCCAUUGGCAAACUAAUACAUUUACACUUACUUGACAUUUCAGAGUCUUGGAUUAGAACUUUGCCAGAAUCUCUUUGCAAACUUUAUAGUUUGCAAACACUGAGAAUUGGCAUGUUUGUAGACGGUUUUCCAAAGGAGAUGAGCAAUUUGAUUAGCAUGAGACAUCUUCACUCUCAUAAUGAUUAUACAGGACGCGGAAUCCAAAUGCCAUCCGGGAUUGGACGAUGGAUUUGUCUUCAAACGUUAAAGUUCUUUAACAUAGGUCGUCAAAAGGAAGGUCGUGGUAUCCAAGAACUUGGACCCUUGCAAGAUCUUAAAGGCUCCUUGGAGAUCAGAAAUCUUGAAUUAGUAAAUGGCAAAGAUGAUGCUGAACUGGCGAACCUAUCUAAAAAGCCAAAUCUGUAUCGGUUGGUAUAUGAGUGGGGCAAUAGGGAUUGGGGAAGUGAUAAAUGUGAUGAAGAUGUGUUGGAAGGCCUCCAACCUCAACCAAAUUUAAAAGAGUUACAAAUUUUGAAGUUCAUGGGUGAUCAGUUUCCACAAUGGUUCAUGAAUUUGACAUCACUGGUGGAGUUGCAGGUGGCGAAUUGCACAAGAUGCAGAAAACUCCCUGCGCUAGGACAGCUGCCAUUCCUCAAGGGCCUCUAUCUGACUGGAUUGGAAAACAUAAGAAGCAUUGGGCUUUCAUUCUACAGUACAAGUGCUGAGGACGACGGCGUAUCAGGAGGUUCAAGCACUAUUAGCAGACAAACAUUCUUUCCAGCCCUUAAAAUUCUCUCUCUUGAAAGCAUGAAAAAUUUGAAAGAGUGGAAGGACGCACUCGAGAUGAUGUCAACCGCAGGUGGAGUACAUGUGAUGGAUGUGUUUCCCGUGCUUGAAAAGUUGUCUAUUAGUGAUUGCCCCCAGCUGACCACCAUUCCAACUCCAAGUCGCUUCCCAAGUCUUGAUGUAUUGGAAAUCAAAGAGAAUUGUCAUGUUUUGCUGGCAGAAAAGGUUUUGAGCAAUAUAACCACACUCUCGUCCCUUGAAUUAAGUGGUAGUAGUUAUCAACGCAUGGAGUCUCUAAAAUUAGUGAGACGACCAGAGAGCUUGAGUAUUGAAGGCUGUAAUAGUCUACCCACUGACAUGCUUGAGCGACUCUGUCUUUUUCCAACUCUUCAGCGUGUAGAAUUGAGGGAUGCCGACAAUAUAACAACAUUAAGAGGAAUGAGUUGCGCCGCUUGUCUUGAGAGAUUGGAAGUCACUUUUUGUUGGAAUUUACGGGAGUUGCCAGAAGAUCUGUAUCAAUUUCAAGUUUUAGAGCACUUGGAGAUACGGGGUUGCCCGAGAAUUGAUUCAUUUGGAUAUCCAAAUCCUAAAAAUUCAUUUGGACAGAAAGGCCUCCUUAAGUCUCUUGAGCAAUUUACUGUUUCUUGGUGCGAUGAGUUAACAAGAUUACCAGUGGAGAUGUUCGAGUCGUGUACGUCUCUCCGACAGCUGAGUCUGUUCCUGUGCCGCAGUCUGGUCUCCUUUCCCCUUGAUUUGCGACGAACCCCUUCUCUCGAGAGCUUCAUUUUACGGGGGUGUCCCAACUUGAUUGCUGAGAUGCCUAGUGGAUUUGGCUAUCUUACCAGCUUAAGGGAAGUGGACAUUGGUCCCUUCUCACAUGACUCUGCAAGCGAAUUUGAUUGGGCUGGAUUAGCAUCUUCAUCAUCACUCCGACACGUGUCUUUGCUUGGAAUGCGUGACACGAAAUCUCUGCCACAUCAGCUUCAAGACUCGACUACCAUCACAUCACUAUCUCUACUUGGCUUCAGAGCAAUCAAAGCCUUACCAGAUUGGCUUGGGAACCUUGCGUCUCUUGAAGACCUAAUCCUAGAGGGUUGCCUAAAGCUUGAAUAUUUACCCUCCGUAGAUGCCAUGGAACGCCUCAAAUUAAGACGUCUGAGAAUUCGUGGUUGUCCUCUAUUAGAACGAAGAUGCACUCCUGAAAGCGGCUCCGAGUGGCCCAAGAUCUCUAAUAUUCCAGAGCGUGUUGUUGUUCCGGACACAAGUGACAGUGAAGCAGCUUAUGAAACAUUGUGAAAGGCUCAAAAGUGUGCUCAAGGCAGAGUCAGCCUGGAACCUCUAAAGCAUCUUAUUGCACUUUUCGCAUUCUCCAACUGCAACAUCAGGCUGUGAUUUCCCAUCAUUUUUGAAGAAAGAUGAGUGGCUUGUGCCAGGCUUGUAGAAAGUACUAUGGUUGGAGAAUAAUUAAAGGGGAGCAUGGUAGCUGGUACUGGAGAGCUAUCAACGUACAAGACUUGCUUGAAGAAAACUGGGCGUACUGAUACUUUAAUUCCAGAGGUGACAACAUUUGAUGGAAAGAAGUUAGACAUUGUAGACAGCAUUGGUGAUCAUUUGGACGACAUAAACGAAGCAUGCGAUUGCAGUGUCAGUCGUUCAUUUGGAUGGAAUCAGUUCAAAGUUUUGGUGCUGCAAUUGCAGCGGCAAAAAUUUAUACCUUUCCACUCAAGAACAAGAGAGACUCAUUAUACAACUGUGCUGACAGUUAGUCAUUCCAGGAAGCAGACAUCAUCUCGUUGGAAAAAGAACAACAUGGUUCCCUGUCGUUUUUGUGAGAAUGUCAAAAGGAAGAAAUUACUGUCACUCGGCAGGCAAGUUUCGCAGAUGAAGAUGGUCAUCAAUUAUAGUUAUUUUGCUCAUUAAUUUGCACUAGCAUUGAUGGAGGCUUCUCAAACAUCAUGUAGAAAAACUGAAAGUGUUAUGGUUCUGUAGUGCUCGGAAUGCAGAAAUGAAGGCAAUGAUUUGGCUAAACUUUUUGUUAGCCUGUUUCGAUUUUUUUUUUCCUUAUCUAUCUUCUGGAAAUGUAAUUUGGUUCAGAAGAAGAGAAGAUUUGAUGAUGGAAGCUAGAUGUUGAAGAUAGCAGUAACAGUCAUUGGGAAAGCAAAAGCAAAGCAUGUAGUGGGAUGGCAGAAAUUCAAAGAUUAUGUGCUGCAAGAAUAUGUAUUCACAUGCAAGGGUUUCUAAGCCCUCGUUCAAAGGUUCAAGGAAGCACUGCCGCUAGAUCAUGCAAUGCCUUUCUCAAUUGGACAAUGGACUAUACAUUUCCACCCAAAAAUAAGAGAGAUUCAUGAUGCACUUGUGCUAACAGUUGAUUAUUCCAGGUGUUGAAUUUGUCAAGGUAAACUAACAUACAUUUACCAUAACACCUUGUUGGGUUUUAACUUAUUUUUUUUA